AAUAUUCGUAGUUAACCUGGGAACCUCUCCCCUGAUCUUUGACAGUUUCAAGUGAUCAAGUGCACAUCCUCACACAAUGCCUGGACCAUCUAGACCCCUCUGGCAGGUUGCCGGAAAACGUGAUCCUGUCCAAGAACAAGAAGCUCAGGCAUGGAUCGAAACAGUGACUGGCCAAAGAUUCCCACCAGGAGUACCCUACGAAGAUGUUCUCAGGGACGGAAUCCUUCUCUGUCAACUCAUGAACCGUCUGGCUCCAGGAAUUAUCCCCAGAAUUAAUACUUCUGGCGGAGAUUAUAAAAAGAUGGACAAUCUUAACCAAUUCCAAAGUGCCUGCACACGCUACGGAGUCCCAGACGUAGACCUCUUCCAAACUACCGAUCUUUGGGAUAAGAAGAACAUCGCUUUGGUCACCAACACAAUCUUCGCUAUUGGCCGUACCGCCUACAGACACCCUGAAUGGAGAGGUCCCUUCCUAGGCCCCCGUCCAGCUGAAGAAAACAAGAGAGAAUUCUCCGAACAACAACUGAGGGCUGGAGAAGCCAUAAUCGGUCUCCAAGCAGGUCAGAAUAGAGGCGCAACACAAGCUGGCCAGAAUUUCGGCGCUUCAAGAAAAAUUAUCUUGGGAAAGUGAGCACCUUGUCACAUUUUGUAUUGUAAUAGGGUCUAUUUUUGUAUAACUGUAUUUCUAAAUUGAUUUAUUUAUUUUUAUCCAUGUUUACUCCCUUUAUGUUACAAUAGUACCUGCAUAUAAUAAAAUAUAAUCGGGGAAAA